AAUAAAUGCUUAUCUGUGAAUAAAUGCCAUAACCUGUGAAAUUAAGAAGGUUGUUUUUAAUUAAGUUAUAACAAUAAUAUGUAAAAUUCCUUAAAAAAUUGUGGAUGUAAAGGUGAUUCCUAUUAUGGAUGUUGCAAAUUUAAUGCAAUCUUUGUCAAUUGAAGAUAAUCAUCAUUUUAAAUCUAAUUUUAAAGUGGGAGCAAUAAAUGUUGGUGGGCAUAAUACUGAGCUUGUUUUCGGGGAAUUCGUUAAUAAAUUUAUGAUAAUUACCACUCAGUUUGAGAAACUUGGCAGUCUUUUACGAGUAACUGUGGAUCAACAAGUAAACGGAGCAAACACUUUGGAACCAGUUUAUACUGUUAGUGUUGUAUUUGGUGCAGAAAAUACAGAACAACAAGCAGCAGCCAGGUUUAUUGCUGGUAGUCUACAGAUUAAGAAGCCCCUCUUGAUUUUUCUUUGCCUAAAAGAUUACUCAGCUGAAGUAGUUCGAGGUAUAGCUGUAGCACUUUUAGAUUUGAUUAAAAAUUGAAGAAAGUUAAACAUGUCUCUUGCAAAGCGUGCAAAAAAAGCAGAGGCUUAUUUUGGUCAGUUAGUUAUAGGACCACCAGGGUCAGGAAAAACUACUUACUGUGCAAAAAUUCAGGAAUUUUAUAAAGACAAGCUUAACAGAGAAUGUGAUGUUAUAAAUUUGGAUCCUGCUAAUGAUAACAUGACAUAUAAACCUGCUGUUGAUAUAAUUGAACUCAUUUCUGUUGAAGAAGUUAUGAAUUCAUUUAAACUUGGGCCGAAUGGAGCACUUAUGUAUUGUAUGGAAUAUUUAGAGCAAAACUUUGACUGGCUUCUAGAUAAACUUAAGACCAUAAAUAAUAGUUACUUAAUUUUUGAUAUACCUGGGCAGGUAGAACUUUAUACACAUCACACAUCUAUAAAGAACAUUUUUGCAAAGCUGCAAAAUUUAUCUUAUCAUUUAUGUGUUGUGCACAUGGUUGAUUGUCAUUACUGUUCAAAUCCAACAAAAUUUAUAUCUACAUUGCUAAUGUCAUUGUCCACAAUGCUUCAGAUUGGCUUACCACAUGUUAAUGUUUUAAGUAAGGCUGACUUAUUAAAACAGAAUUCCACAAAGUUAGAUUUUGGUCUUGAUUUCUAUACGGAUGUACUAGAUUUGGAAUAUUUAUUAGAACUUCUUGAUGACGGACCUUUUACAUCAAAAUUUAAAAAAUUAAAUGCAGCUUUAGUUGAUUUAAUACAAAGCUACAGUUUGGUUUGCUUUAUUCCUGUUAAUGUUAAUUCUGAAAGGAGUUUGCUAACUUUAAAGAGUGCUGUUGAUAAGGCGAAUGGUUACAUAUUUGGAAGUGGUGAAGAAAGAACAAUUCAGUCAUUAUUGUCAUGUGCUGUGGGAGCACGAACAGAAACAGAAAGAUUUGAUUCUGAUUUUUCAUUUUAAUGUUAAAUAAAUAUGCUUAUGAUAAA